AUGGAAAUAACUCCAACAGUUUAUUCUGUUGCAUUUAUUGAAAUAAUCCCAAUAACAAUUUUAAUUCCUUCUUCUCUUUUAAAUUUAUUUUUAUUGUGGAAAAGUUGUGUUUUAAAUAAUAAUUCUAAAAUUAUUCUUAUUUCACAAAGUAUUGCUAUUUUUAUUUAUUCAUCAAGCCGGUUAUUUAUGCUUAUUCUAAUCAUCUCCAAACAAAAUAAUUUAUUUAAUUCAAUAUACUAUUCCCUUACGACUAUUACAGUUGUUUGUAUAACUUUUGGUAAUAUGAUUGGACAUGUCUUAAUAAUGGAGAGAACUAUAGCUACUUUAUUUACUACAAAAUAUAGUCAAACAAAAGUUCCAAUUUUUGGAAUUUGUUGCAUUUUAAUUUUGGUAUGGAAUUUUUCCUUAAUAUUAAUAUGA